CCCCCUCACCUUCGUUCACCUCUAACGUGACGGCGAGACGAGAGGAUUCUGGCGACAGAUGCGAGAGGGAAGAAGAGAAGAAUUCAUUGUUGAUUCAGACAAGGCGAAAGGGGGAAAUCUCAGCCGAGACCAUCAGGUCCAGCUCCCGCGGUGUGAUUUGGGCUCAGCUCCUAGUCCCCCCUCCCUGCGCCGCCACCUGAGCUCUGCUCCCACUUGUCUCCCGUGAUUGCGUUCCGUCUCCUCCUCACAAUCUAGCACUCAGCACCAAUUCUCUAUCUCGGCAAGGUAGGAACUAGGAAGGCAUGUUGAGUGGCCACGCCGUGACACUGAGGGAGAGGAGCCCCUCCGGCGCGCGCCUGAUCGAGGAUGUCCUGUCGGAGGCCGGCGACGAGGAGGAGGCCGAGGCCACCGCGCGGGUGCUGUACCGGGCCUCGUUCCAGGAGCUGAUGCCCGGGUACCUGCAGUACGACACCAUCAUCUGGGCGCUGAUAUCCCUGCUGCUUGUCCUGGCGUGGGGGAUCGGCCUGCUCCUGCUCCUCUACCUGCCGUACAAGAGAUACGUGCUCAAGAGGGACAUCCUGUCACGCCAACUCUAUGUCACCGAAAAUAACAUAGUGUACAAGGCGACCAGACCUUCCUACUUGCCGUUCGUGGGGAUAGUCGAGAAAGAGACUAAAAUACCUCUCCAUUUGAUCGUUGAUGUUAUAAUUGAGCAAGGCUGUCUACAAUCUGCUUAUAGCUUAUACACAUUUAGAAUAGAAAGCAUAGCCCAUGGGAAACCUGCUCCAGUGGAUGAACUGCAAUUUCAUGGUGUCCAUAAUCCAGAUCUUCUGAGAAAGGUUAUUAUCAGAGAAGCUUCCAGGAGAAACCAAGAAGUCCAGAUUCAGAGAACUAGAUUGUACUUUGGGGAAGGCCCUUCCUGUAUUCCACCAACUAGUGGAUUUCACUCUCCUGGUUCAAAUUAUGUGCAGGUCAAAGCUUCCUCAAGCCGUGAUGUCCUCUAUUCUAAGGGAAAAGUUCCUGACGGUAUAUUGCUCCACAAGCUUGAAGAAGUUAGUCGAUCAGUAAAGAAUCUUGAGUCUCUCCUCAUAGGAUCGCAUACCAGAGAAUGAUCUGAUAGAUGAUCAACACAUAUUCUGAUAUCAUCUUCUAUGAUUUACUCUCAAACAUGGAAACAACUGGAGGCACGAGUCGAGUCCUGCCAACACCAUGGAAAAUUAUGGAACAACUGUUGGUGCUGAGAAUGAGUUUCUAGUUUGAUUUCCUGGCAGUUAUUUGCUGUACAUAGGUCAUGCUGAUUCUUCCAUGUUUCACAAUUCCAUGUACAAAGAAAUACAGAAUCAAUGGGUUGGGUUGCAAAGUAGAUCAACAUACAUGUAAGCUUUGUUUACUAUCCAAAAUGGUAUUUGGUGUUAAUAUCUUGCCUGAUGUGAAUAUGCUUUGUCAGGCUCUAAUUCGGUGAUGUAGAAGCAUAAGAUCUUUGAAUGUGAAUAUUGAAGAGUUAUGCAUGGUGCAA